AGAGAGAGAGAGAGAGAGAGAGAGAGAGAGAGGAGGGCAGCAGGGGGAGAAAAAAGGCUUAAUCAAUUCAGGGUAGAUGGGAGGGAUGUUGCUGCUGUCCCUGCCGAGGCUCCAGUGCCUCUGCUGUAGUGCUGCAUGUAGCCGAGUGUUUGUGUGAGCAGAGAGGACGACUCGGCUGCUGCUGCUGACUGCUUACUGGGAACCAGACACCAGCCCAGCCACGACUCCACAUCCUGGAGCCGACUGACUGACUGACUGUCUGACUAUAGCUGGGUCUUCAGUAAACGAGAAAACAGGGAUGAUACAUGGACUAAAGAGGGAGCAGCAAUAGCCUGAGGUCGGAGAAGGUGUUUUUGUUGCUGACUUCCUGAGUAACCUUGUGCCAUUUCUGAGUCAGGAGGAGUAGGCCUAGUUAGUUACAUUGACAGACAAUCACUAUACGUCCUUUUUGUUUUUGUAUUUUGGCAUUCAAAGUGACAAAUUCAAUAUUUGGAGCGCCUUAGCAAUAUAAAACACUUGACUAAUCCUGCUCAAUUGAACAUUAUCAUCUUUUCGGCCUCCUCCUCUACCCAUGCAGCCUCAGUUAUUUCAACGUUCCACCUCCUGUGUGCUCGCACGGUGCUUGUUGUAAAGUGGCAGAGAUGACAUCCCAAAACCUCUUUGCCUCAGCCUCGUUACACAACUUGACCCAAGGAUAACCAUCAAUCCCCCAAGCGCCACUCGUGGGCCGACACACUCCCAGACACAGAGCCCCACCCCUGGCUUCAGGCAGUAUGGGAGACGGGAGCUGGGUCUGUCUGAGCCCAGCUGAGUUCACCCAGCUGCAACAAUACAGCGAGUACUCCACAAAGAAGCUGAAGGAUGUGCUGGAGGAGUUUCAUGGGGAAGGAAUUCUUUCCAAAUACAAUCCAGAGCAGAAGCAAGACGUUCUCAACCAACCCAUUGAUUAUGAUGGCUUCCAGCUCUUCAUGGCCACUUACCUGGAAAAUGACAUCCCAGAGGAGCUGUGUCAGCACCUCUUCACCUCCUUCAAGAGCAAGACAGGAGGUUGCUCUCCCGCUCAGUCUCGUGCAGGAACAAGCUUACUGGAGGCCCGUUCCAUUGACGCAGGCAUCUCUAUUCAGACCGAAGUGGCCUGUGCCCCCAUUACAGGGAUGAACGGGAAAAGUAUCCUGUCCGCAAUGGGCCGGCACACACCGGAGCACUCCAGUGUGAUGAGUGCAGCAGCAAGCUCGGGAGCCAACACCUCCCCUUGUUUAUCUCGCUCCUCCUCGCAGCAUUCAGGGACAGGGGCCUGCACACCUGGAGGUCCCCACCGAUCACCCUGCACCCAGGUCAAAACCUCAGAGGCGAGCAGCAAUGCCCUGACCCCCAAUGCUGGUCCUGCCAGGUCACCAGUGUCCCCCAAACUUUCACCAGAGAGGAGCCACUCCGAGAAGCAUUUGUCGCUGCGGAGGAGUCCGUCACCCCAGAAAGGCUCCCCCCUGCCAUCGCCCCAGGUGGUCUUUCUCAAGGACAUCGUCUGCUACCUUUCCCUGCUGGAGAGAGGGACACCGGAGGACAAGCUGGAGUUCAUGUUUCGGCUGUACGACACAGACGGCAACGGGGUUCUGGACAGCUCGGAGUUGGAUCGCAUCAUCAAUCAGAUGGUGCAUGUGGCAGAGUAUCUGGAGUGGGAUUCAACAGAACUGCGACCGAUACUGAAAGAGAUGAUGGAAGAGAUUGACUACGACAGAGACGGGACAGUCACACUGGAGGAGUGGAUCAGAGGAGGCCUUACCACCAUCCCUUUACUGGUCCUGCUGGGCAUGGAAACGAAUGUACAAGAAGAUGGGCAGCAUGUUUGGCGCCUGAAGCACUUCAACAAACCAGCCUACUGUAACUACUGCCAUACCAUGCUGCUCGGAGUCCGCAAGCAGGGCCUCUGCUGCUCCUUAUGCAAGUACACAGUGCACGAACGCUGUGUGUCCAAAGACAUCGCUGCCUGCAUCAGCACCUACGCCAAGUCCCGGAGACACACUAACGCUAUGCAGCAUGUUUGGAUGGAGGGUAACUCUCCUACCAAGUGCGACCGCUGUCACAGAAGCAUCAAAUGUUACCAGGGCCUGACGGGCCUGCACUGUGUCUGGUGUCAGAUCACUCUCCAUAAUAAGUGUGCAUCUAAUGUGAAGCCGGAGUGUGACGGAGGAGCCUUGAGGGACCACACUCUGUUGCCUUCGUACAUCUGCCCCGUUGUCUUGGACCGUCAUUCUGUGGUGAAGCGCGGUGAGGGGGAGUCGCCACACAGCACCAGCCCCGAUGACAUCACUCAGAUUUUCAAGUUCUCCCCUGGAGACGGACAAGCACUGCAGAUCACCCCUCUCCCAGGUACUCACCCGCUCCUGGUCCUGGUCAAUCCCAAGAGUGGAGGGAGACAGGGGGAGCGGGUACUGAGGAAGUUCAGGUACCUACUAAACCCCAGGCAGGUGUACAGUUUGGACCAAGGGGGACCAAUGGUAGGGCUCAACUUUUUCCAUGAUGUCCCUGAUUUCCGGGUGCUUGCUUGCGGAGGUGACGGCACUGUGGGCUGGAUCCUCGACUGUAUAGAUAAGGCCAACUUUGCCAGGCACCCUCCAGUGGCCAUCCUCCCUCUGGGCACGGGGAACGACCUGGCUCGCUGCAUACGCUGGGGAGGAGGUUACGAGGGUGGCAGCUUGCUGAAGUUUCUCCGGGACAUCGAGCACAGCACAGAGGGGGUGCUGGACCGCUGGAACAUAGACAUCGUCCCUGACGACAAGGAGGAGAAGGGAGACCCCGUCCCCUACAGCAUCAUCAACAACUACUUCUCUAUUGGAGUGGAUGCCUCCAUCGCCCAUCGCUUUCAUCUGAUGCGAGAAAAGCACCCUGAGAAGUUCAACAGCAGAAUGAAGAACAAGCUCUGGUACUUUGAGUUUGGCACCACUGAGACCAUAUCUGCCACCUGCAAGAAACUUAACGAAUGCAUAGAAGUCGAGUGCGACGGUAUCAUCAUGGACCUCAGCAACACUUCCUUAGAGGGCAUCGCUGUGCUCAACAUUCCCAGCAUGCACGGCGGCUCCAACCUGUGGGGCGAGACGAAGAAGAGGAGGAACUACAACCGCAUGAGCAAGAAGGUUUCUGACAGGAUGCCAGCCAGCACCGUCACCGAUGCUAAAGAGCUCAAAUUUUGCAUGCAAGACUUCAGUGACCAGCUGUUGGAGGUAGUUGGCCUGGAAGGGGCAAUAGAGAUGGGACAGAUCUACACUGGACUGAAGAGUGCCGGACGCAGACUGGCUCAGUGUACCAACGUCACCAUCAGGACGUCCCGGCGGCUGCCCAUGCAGAUCGAUGGUGAGCCCUGGAUGCAGCCCCCCUGCACGAUCAGGAUCACACACAUGAACCAGGUCCCCAUUUUACUGGGCCCGCCUCAGAAGACGCCGUUCUUUUUCUUCAAGAAACGCAACCGGAGCCGCGACUAGGAUACAUGCAUGCACACACAAAAACACAUAGAGUCCAUUUACGCAAACACACACACACACACACGCACACACACACGCCACCCACUGUAUAGGCAGCUCCAUCAGACGACUGGUACACUGUUCCCUGGUUGGAGAAUGAAAGUGGGACGUUCAUCAACCUGAUCAGUGUGGAACAUUCCUGAAGUCAGGAUGCCUACAGACAAUUCAUUCCCAGAGUAACGUGCAGUGAUGGCACCCAAAAAGAAAUGACUCUCAGUAUACAGUACCGACCUUUUCCUGUGUAACCAUCAUCCUCUAGUUAUUUUCCCCAAAACUC